UCAGCUUCACUGAGCGGACACACACACACACACACACACAGAGGGCGACGUCUCUGCUGAUGAAAACAUGAUCACAUUUUGAAACAGACAUUCAGAAGCUGGAUUAUAACUGAAUUACGCUGCAGCUUUAGCCGCUGUUAAUGGAGGACUGGGGUGUAUGAGGAGCGUCACUCUGCUGCAGACCGCUACAGCCUGAAGCCAUCCUGCCAAAUCCACAACCAUGUCUGGAGCCUACGACGAGUCCGCCAGCCAGGAGGAGAGCUGCACAGACAGUUUCUGGGAGGUUGGGAACUACAAGCGCACAGUGAAGCGUAUAGACGAUGGACACCGGCUCUGCAAUGACCUGAUGAACUGUAUCCAGGAGCGUGCCAAAAUAGAGAAAGCGUACGCGCAGCAGCUGACUGAGUGGUCGAAGAGAUGGAGACAGCUGGUAGACAAAGGGCCUCAGUACGGCACGGUCGAGCGAGCCUGGGUGGCGGUGAUGACAGAGGCGGAGAAGGUGAGCGACCUUCACCAGGAUGUGAAAAACAGCCUGAUGAAUGAGGACUUUGAGAAGGUGAAGAACUGGCAGAAAGACUCGUACCACAAACAAAUGAUGGGAGGAUUCAAGGAGACCAAAGAGGCGGACGAGGGCUUCAAAAAGGCUCAGAAACCCUGGGCCAAAAAGCUAAAAGAGCUUGAAGCUGCAAAAAAGUUGUAUCACAUGGCCUGCAAAGAGGAGAAGCUGGCCUCCACCAGAGAGGCCAACGGUAAGGCAGAGGCCUCUGUGACCGCCGACCAGCAGAAGAAGCUGCACGAGAAAGUGGAAAAGUGCAAACAGGAUUCACAGAAAGCAAAGGAGAAGUAUGAGAAGGCUCUGGAUGAGCUGAGUAACUGCACCCCUCAGUACAUGGAAAACAUGGAGCUGGUGUUCAACCAGUGUCAGCAGUUUGAAGAGAAGAGGCUGAGCUUCCUCAGAGAAGUGCUGCUGGAUGUCAAACGCCACCUCAACCUCACAGAGAACCAAAGUUAUGCAACAGUGUACAGAGACCUGGAACGCACCAUCACAUCGGCCAGUCCACAGGAGGAUCUGAAGUUGUUCAACAACAUCCAUGGCCCCGGCAUGCACAUGAACUGGCCACAGUUUGAGGAGUACAACCCAGACCUUGCCCACAGCAUCAGCAAGAAAGAGAAGUUAAAGAAGGGCAAUGACGCGAUCACGCUGACUCACGUCACAACAGCAGGAGAUAAUGCUCAAGCCGUGGACCGUGGCAGUGUCAGCAGCUACGAGAAGAACCAGGCGCUCACAGCCUCCACAGAGUGGUCCGACGAGGACCAGGCGGCCGUGAACUCGGGCAACGACACCAACGGAGGCACGAACCCGUUCGACGAAGAUGCCGGCUCGGGCGUGAGAGUGAGAGCGCUGUAUGACUAUGAAGGACAAGAGCAGGACGAGCUCAGCUUCAGAGCAGGGGAUGAGCUGACGAAGCUGGAGGAGGAGGACGAGCAGGGCUGGUGUAAAGGUCGUCUAGACAACGGCCAGCUGGGACUCUACCCGGCCAAUUACGUGGAGCCGAUCUAACCAUUCCAGCUGUGAACCCUCCGAUCAUAACUGCACAUUGCCAGAGACUCAAAAAGCAGAGCUUUGUCGUCCUCUCGGGCACAAGGAGCUGUCGUCAUCACAGACAAGAUGUUACUGAACAAAAUCACCCCCCAGAUACUACAAGCAAAAAUAUUUUGUUUCUUUUGUGUGAAGCUGUGUUUGAGUUCAGCUGCGACGCUAACAUGCCAUACGAUAUAUUCUUUCAUCCUCAUAUUGAUAUGGUAUCGUCAGUUGUGCCUGGAUAGCGAGAAUGAGCCAUGGAUUAUUGUGCAUUUCAUGUAUAUAUUCUAUUCUCUCCUUUUUUUUUCUUUUUUUUUUUUUUUUUACAUCUGGAUGUUUGUACAGUUGUUUUCUCAUUAAAUUCAGUGUUUUCCUCCUUUGUAACAUAUAAUUACGUUUAGCCUCACAAGCAUAGUUGACAUUGUUGGGAAAUGUCGCCCUGAGAGUUAGACGAAGAUGAAGAUACGUACUGCUCUCAUUUCUGUGUAAUACGUAUGAAACCAGAGCCGGGAGCGGGUUAGCGUAGUUUAGCAUCAAGCCUGGGAGCAGCAGGGGAAGUCGGUUUUCAGCAUCAGAACAAAAAUAAUAAGCAUUUCUCUCAAAAUGUUUUCACAGCACACCAAUGGAUUUUAAAAGAAAUGUCCCUCAGCAGAGCGUCUCUUAAAAAAAGAAAUACAUCCUCUUUGUUUACAUUAAAGCUGCGGUCUGUCAGUUUGUAAGUUUCACUAUGGGCCAGGUCAUGCGCUCUGCGUCUGUGGACGGAUAUGCGCACAGUUCUGUGUCAGUGUAUUAUUUCUCAAUCUCAUCUUCAUCUCAUUCCCGUAGCCGUGAUUUCACACUUUGAGUUCACUCUCUUUUGUAUUUCCUUGUAUUCUUUGUGUCAGUACCGGCAGAUUUCCUCACAUAACCUCAGGCAAGUUUCCACGGGUACCGUCUUUGUUAACGAGUCCGAGUAUUAUAUAUGCGGAGGAGAAAAUCGAUUUAUUGGCCAUGUGCGCCUGACUCCGCCUUCGUAGGUGGCGCUGUAUCUCUCUAUAAGCUAGUGCGUAUUGAAUCAGCUUC